AUGGAUUUUCUCAAAUCUGCUGUAGCCUCAGCAAUAUCAAAAGGGCCUCCAUUUCCCUACACCUUCGGCGAUCGAGUCGAUGUUGACACGAGCAUCUGGAAUCUCUUCAAUGGAACUAAACGCGAAGAUGGGUCGAAUUGCAGUAUUUUCUCCUUCGAUGUCACAGCCAACAAAUCCCGUCUGCCAAUGGCAAGGAAUGCCGUGAAGAAACUCCGAACAUUACGACAUCCGGGAGUUAUCAAAGUGCUUGAUACGGUCGAGACCGAAACCUACAUUUAUAUUGCGACAGAGAGGCUGGUACCACUGAGAUGGCAUAUCACGCGGAAGAGCAUGAGUGCAGAGACACUGAAAUGGGGACUAUGCGGUGUAGCUCAAACAAUCAAAUUUAUCAAUGACGAUGCCUCCUCAGUCCACGGCGCUCUGCGAGUUGGGUCAAUAUAUACCAGUGAAAGUGGAGAAUGGCGAAUUGGAGGCUUCGAAGUCUUGAGCAGCAUGAAGGAUGACGAGGCAAUCAUAUACAAUUAUGGCAGCCUCGUCCCUGACUCUGGUCGAUACACACCACCUGAGCUGGCAAAAUCUGGCUGGGAUGCAAUCAAGAAGAAUCCCCUGGCAGCAGUCGACGCAUACAAUUUUGGCACAUUAAUACUCGAAGUGUUUAAUGGCGAUUUCAUGGGACCAGAUCAGGCUGGGCAGACGAAGAACAUUCCUCCUUCAAUGCACUCGAGUUAUAGGCGGUUGGUCAACAGUAAUCCCAAGGCCAGAGUCAGUGUUGGAAACUUUUUGGAACAAGGACGGCGGAGUGGUGGCUUCUUCAACACACCGUUGAUUAAGCUUACAGAUGGGGUAGACAAUCUUGGGAUGAAGAGUGAGGAGGAGCGAGAGGAGUUCUUAAAUGACUUGGAUCAAUUAUCGGAUGACUUCCCGGAGGACUAUUUCAAGAUGAAGAUUCUUCCUGAGCUUCUUAAGUCCGUCGAAUUUGGAGGCGGCGGACCGAAAGUCUUUGGAGUGGUCAUGAAAAUCAGCAAGAAGUUGACAGACGAAGAGUUUGAGGCUAAAGUUACUCCUGCUGUUGUUCGGCUUUUCAGCAGCCCGGAUCGAGCAAUUCGAGUUUGUCUGCUAGACAAUCUACCACUAAUGAUUGACCGAUUGCCACAAAAAGUUGUCAAUGAUAAGAUAUUUCCUCAGAUGGUUACUGGAUUUACGGAUGUUGCGCCAGUGGUACGGGAACAGACUGUCAAGGCUGUUCUAACCAUUAUUGGUAAACUAUCUGACCGGACAGUUAAUGGUGAGCUCUUGAAAUACCUUGCCAAGACUUCAAACGAUGAACAACCUGGAAUCCGUACAAAUACCACGAUAUGUUUAGGGAAGAUCUCCAAAAACCUCAGUACCAGCACGAGAUCCAAAGUCUUAAUUGCAGCAUUCACACGUUCUCUCCGUGACCCCUUCAUCCACGCCAGAAAUGCAGCCCUCAUGGCAUUAGCAGUCACAUCGGACGCGUUCAGCGAAGACGAUAUUGCCAACCGAAUACUGCCAUCUUUGUGCCCCUCCCUAAUUGACAAGGAGAAGCUCAUUCGAGAUCAAACCAACAAAACAAUGGACGUAUAUCUCCAAAGAAUACGCAAAUUCGCCUCCACAAUGGCAGAUACCGUCUUGCCACCUCUAAACGCCGUAGAAUCCUCAACAGCGACACCCCGGAUGGGUACCCCACAACCCAGCGAAGCCGCCUCCUGGACCGGCUGGGCCAUCUCCUCCUUUACCAACAAAGUCUCCACCGCGGUCGGUGAAAUAACCGCCGAACGGAACGCCGCGUCCAACCUAGCUCGUCCCUCCUCCGCACCCCUCACCACAGAAUCCCGCAAGCCUCCAGGAACAGCCUCAGCCUCUGCCCUACAUCGCCAAGCCGUCAUCUCCCCUCCUGCAACAUCAGCGCGAACAUCAACAUCCUCAAACGCAAACGACUAUUUUCACGACGCCGACACUGGACCCGUCGAGAUCGACAUAGAUGACGGGUGGGGUAAUAUGGAAGAAGAUUCUUUCUUUGAUGCUCCUGCUGAUGCUUCGAAAGCCAAGGCUAUGGGGGGAGCGAAUCCAUUUGAAGAUAAUGGGGAGCCGGACUUUGCGGGAUGGCUAGCGGCGCAGGCGGGGAAGAAGGCGGGUGGGAAGCCACUUCCUAAGGGGUUGGCGAAGGCGGCAAAUGGGAGUGGAAGUAUACGGCCUGUUUCUGCAAGGUCGGCGAGCACGGGUGAUGGUGUGGCAGCAGCAGGAGUGAAGAAAGCUGCUGCUACUACGGCGCCUAAAUCCAAGCCGGCGGCGGCGAAGAAAAUUGAUACGGCACCUAAGGAGACGGGUGAGGAUGAUGGGUGGGGUGAUGGGUGGUGA